UGUUUUUAGUUGCUUGUAACCUACUGACACGUGACUUUCCUGGGACAAACAUGGCUGACGGAGGUAAGGAGAUGGCCGAUCCAUCUCUGGACGAGAAUUAUGACCCACUAUCAGAUGUUGCGUCGCACCUUGCAGUUCACCAGACAUCAGAUCAUGAUGCAGAUAGAAGCAGUGAUGAUGACCAUUACAACUCUGAGACACCAAUGAAUUCUCUCGAUGGGAUGUUGGAAGACCUCAUCAUUGAGGAAACUGAUCAAAUGCCAUUCAGUCCACCAACUAGUGGAAGACUUUAUAAACGAGAAAAAGUCCGUCGAAACAGUGGUAAGAAGUCACAAAAGGAAAUCAGACAGUUGAGAGAGAUGGAAAAAUCAAAAUCUAUGAAAAUGCCUAUUUGCAUUAAACAGAAGUACACUGAGAGUAAUGCAUUAUUCUCUGGUUUGGGACAUGUCGAUUCAGAUGUGGAUCUUGAUAGAAGCGAAUCGCGGGCCAUAAAGGAAAAGAGAAAAAAGGACCGUGAAGAUAAGUUAAAGAGUAAAACUAGGCAGCAGGAAAUAUUCAUGAAAAGGGAGGACAAAAGUUAUGUCAGCGAAAAUAUUGCAAGCAAUACUGCUCCGAUGGACAUUGAUACUCCAGUUGUGCCAAUAAAGCUUGAAGGGUCAGGGAGAUAUCUGACAUUGGGCAUGACUAAUAAAUUAAGUAUGGCACCCACUAGGGCAGCGUCAAGUGAGCAACAAAGACCAACUGUGUUAUCUUACACAGAGUGUCCAAACGAUCGGUUAGUGUUCUUUAAAACAUUUCAGGCACUCAUCAAUAUGGGUUCCCAGGGCAAGAAGCAAAAGGAACAAAAAGAAAAGGAACGUAUGGUACCUCAGAGACAGAAGAGCUCAGAAGAACAUUUGUAUGUGUCUCUUGUGUGGCUUGGCUUGCAGGCAUGGCUAAAUGGAAUGUCUUUAGAUGAACAAAGUCGAAAGAUGGAACAAGAAAGGGAGAAAAUACCCCUUGUGUUAGAAGAAAUAAUGAAAUUUAAAGUAAAAUUUCCACAGAAUACCGGUAGUUUGCUCUAUGCAAGAGAACAACAGUGUGUAGGUGAUGAAAACUAUUUGAUGGACAUAUCGGACACAUAUCACACCAUGUAUUCGAAUAUGGAAAUGAUACAGCAACAGGAGUUUGCUGUGAUUCAGGUUGAGAGGUUGUUACAGAAGCUAGAUCAGUGUGAGCAACUGUUUUCCACAGCUGCGCAGUUUGCCAGUGACUAUCCUACUUAUCACCAAAGGGAGUUUGUGCAUCGAACUGAGGCCCUUUACUUGUGGUUGAAUACUACAAAAGAUUUGUGCCAUAAGAUGAAUGUGUUAGGUCAAGUGUUCAAUAUAUCAGCGAAUCAAGGCUGGCUUUAUGUAAAUUUUACUCCAGGAAAAGAAAAUGAUCAUGAAAUUCAGAGUAGAACAGACAUUCCAGAAAUAGUAGGUGGUGGCGAGGAAGAGGAGGAGGAGGAGGAAGAUGAUGAUGAUACUGGUGAUGAUAUUGAUGAUGAUCAUACAGAACAGUUAGAUAGUAAAAAGAAACAAUCUCUAUCCCUCACAGAUGCUUGCCAAAGUGUAGAACAUCAUAUGAAAGUGAAAUUUCAGUUGUCAAAUUCGGAUAGUCAACUCAGGUCUGACAAGCGUUUGACAUCUCCUAUUAACAGUCCUAAACGAGAUCUGAGUCCCACAACAUAUGGUUCCCCUCCUGAUUCCUCAACCCCUUUAAGGGCCCCUUUUUCAUCCACUACUCUGUCCAGGGCCUCAAGUGAAGCCAGUUUGGAUGGUCAAGCACGCUCACUGUAUAGAGCUUAUGUUGAUAAAGGACUUAAAAAGAUGGGGUUGAAUAAAAUGCUUAUAAGACUGCGAGAUAUUUUGUAUAGAUCACUCAAAAGGGCCAGGCAGAGUUUGGAAUAUAGAUCUCAGGAUAUGGAUGGAGAGUCCCCCGGUGAAGAAUCCCAUGGCAACAACACGUCGGCCUCCCUACACCUGCUGGACAAGUCCCCGGGGAUGAGGCUAGAGUCACACUCCACGGAGAAGCUGCAUGCCUGGAGACAGGAGUUCCUAGACAUCGGUCUUCCCUCAUAUAGACCUACGUACAUCUUUCUGCUACGGGUAUUACUUGAAGUGAUUCAUGAGGCCAUGAAGAUAAGGCUAGAACAGCUACAGAAUCCCAUUGGAGACCCAUCAUUUCUUAGUAUCAGACAGCUGAUCAUUGAGUGCAAGGACAUGCUGGCCAAGGCGGUGAUGGUGAAGCAGGACUACCAGUGCAUGGUGCAGGCUGUGUUGGAUGACGUGGAGGCCACUGCUGAGAACUCACCGCUCGACGUGGAGGGCUUUGAUGAUGACAUGUCCAAAAUGUUCAAGAUGUACUUCCAGUACUUACAGAACUGGCUGUACCACCUGCAGAACCUGCCUGAGGCGUCCCGCACACUGAAGAACCCACUGGAGGAGGAGUGGAGCUUCACCAAGAAGAUCUGUCCACACAUCAUAGGGGGAGAGGCAGAGGCCGGCAAACGCUUUAGCACGAUGGCGAUCAGUCUGCUGAAUUCCAUAUCUGACUUCCUGGAGUCUGAGGUGGAUGAGUGCACGACCUACAUGUACGACAUGACGUUCCACGAGCAGACCUCGUCAUCUGAAGAUAGCGAGCAAACUGAGGAAGAUCAUGAUACCAGUGCCAGCAGGGCCAAAUCCUCCAGUACUAUAAGGCGCACCUUUCAGAUGUCUUGUAGAAGAUUUCAGAAUCUGUUUCGGGAAGCCAGGGAGAGAGCCUCAAAAGCCCUGGGCUUUGCAAAACUGUUAAGAAAGGAUCUUGAGAUUGCGGCUGACUUCAACAUUGCAGUUUCAAUGGCAGAACUUCUACAGAAGCUUAAGGAGUCUGGGCACGUAAAUGUAGUGCCUCAGAUCAGCAUGAUGCGUACGGAGUACCUGAUGUUCAUCCCGUCCACCAUCGCGGACCAGCGCCACCACAUCAUCCAGCUGCUCAACGUCACCUGCGGCAGAGAGGACGUGUCUGGAAACACGGACUUCAGUAACCGGGACAACCUGCCUGCCUACCUGCUGAUGGUGCGCUGUGGGUCUCGUGCUGAGUGUCCGCAAUGGGAGGGUCCACACAUCGACGUAGAGCCUACUGCAGAAACAGCCAUCGCUUUGUCACAUAUCAGGGUUGAGUCCCUGCUGCUGGUUGUGAUCCACUCGUCCCAGCUGGCCUCACAGAGGAAGGAGUUUGAGACCAUGAUGGGCGGCGCCGUGGAACUGGUCAAUGAGCAGACCUCCUGCCACCAGAUGAUUGUAGAAUCUCUGCACGAUCUCAAGGAGUCUGCCAUCACCCUGAGAGACAAGGUGUCCACGGUGAUAGGCAACAUGGAGAAGAACUGGAACUGUGAUGCUGAGAUGCAGGACCAUGAGAAGAAGCAUAUCCUCAAGUUGUACAGGGAAACCAUGCUGAGGGCAUAUGAGUUUGGGUUUGAGUACAUGAAGGAAGUCACAAGACUAGUCUCCGGGGAAACCCGUCACAAGCUGGGCCCCGGCUCGAUGAGCUUUGCCAAGGACUGGAUGAAGUUUGUAUCUGAGAAGUGUGAGAGGGGGCGUGGCAUGCGACCUCGCUGGGCCAACCAGGGGCUGGACUUCCUGCUGAUAGCCUGCGAGCCUCGUAACCUGGCCGCGCUCACAGAGCAGGAGUAUAAGGACCUCCAGGAGAUGUUGAAUGAUUUUAUUACACAUCUGAUAGGCAAUGCAGAUAAGGCAUCGCAUUUUGGAGGCUCGUCGAAAACAAGACACAGCAGUGAGACAGUCCAGAGCCAUCAGUACAGCCGCCUGACCUCAUGGCCCCUCCCUCAUUCAGACACCAAAAUGUCAUGGUCACACUCCACUAAAUCUUUCCUGGAACCAGGGAGGCCUCAGACUGCCCCAGUGACAUCACAGGAGGCCUUCACCUCUACACGAACAAAGGUAGAUCGAAGAUCCGACGGUAAUCUUGAAGUUGACAUUCAUGACGGCGAUGAGGGAGGCAUUGUCUUUGAGGUGCACCGUGGGCAACACAGGGGUAAGCUGAACUUAGACUUCUGGUAUCCGUAGGCAACACGGGUGUAAGCUUAACUUAGACUUCUGGUAACCAUAAGGCAACACAGGGCAACACAGCGGUAACCUGAACAUAGACUUCUAGUAACUGUAGGCAACACAGGGGCAAGCUGAACGUUGAUUUCUAGUAACCAUUUGCAACACAGAUAAGCUUAACUUUAGUAACCAUAUGCAACACAGGGGUCAGCUGAACUCAUACUUCUUGUAACUGUAGGCAACACAGGGUAAGCUGAACUUAAACUUCUAGUAACUGUAGGCAAAACAGGGGUAAGCUGAAU